AUGUACUCUCUUUUGUUCAACGAAUAUGGUAAAAUAUGGAGAGAAUCCCCGACUCCUGUGAACGAGCUAUUUGCAUUUGGGACAAUUGCGGACUACAAAGCGAACAAGCAGCUGAUUGGACCGCUGGACGAAAACCAAUUGCUGAAGUUGCGCCAACUGACGCUGAUGUCGGUCGUCAAGCAGGGACUGCUGACGUUCGACCAAGUAUCCAUGCUUUUGGACUUAAACUACAAUGACUUAGUCAAAACCCUGGCCGUGCUGGCUCGCAGUCCGCUUUUAGAGCUCGAAAUUGACGAACUGGCCCAGACGGUCAAAUUCAUAAGAGCUAGUUCUAGAGACAUAUGGGUGCAGGGAGAUCCCUCGCCUUCCUUCACCAAACCGAUCACAAUAGAGUUGCUUCAAAAGGAGUUGAACUACGGCAACGACGCAAGCACUUCCAAGCUCAAACGACGUUUAGAAAGUUGA